AUGAUGGGCAUUUUCAAGAAAAAAGAAUCGAGAGCGUCACCAGAUGAUUCAAAGUCGGACAAAUCACUUCUGAGGCCUGCUGUUGCUGUUGAGCGCCUUUCCAACUAUUCACACAAGUCGCCCAAACUUAUUAGCGCCAAUUUCCCUUCUCCGUCAAUGGGUAACAACAUGCCGGACAUUCCUAUUCCUGAUCCCCCCGAUCCAGGCUCACAACCUGCUGCUUACCUUCGAAGCAUUCAUGCCGUCAGGCAGAGGACGAGGUUGGUCCUUGACGAGGCGAAGGGUAAUGCCCUCAAUCAUUUCGAUGUCGACAUGUCCAAGUUCAAGGACACCGCCGAUUAUGUCGUCGCCAUUAUCAAGCGAGACUAUGCGGGUGAUUACGCCUCAAUACCACCUCACGGUCGUUGGCAACAUUUUGAAGUGGGAGGAAGACCAAGAGUGACGCAAUUGUUACAGUCCUGGCCCACCGCCAUCGACACUCAAGAGAGAGCUCGACGCCUGAUUGAUUUGUUCCUCGUCUCGGUCCUGCUCGACGCUGGCGCUGGUACGAAGUGGUCGUACAAAUCCAAAGAGUCCGGGAAGGUCUAUGUCCGGAGUGAAGGUCUCGCUGUUGCAAGUCUGGAGAUGUUCAAAGCCGGUGCUUUUAGUAGCGACCCGACUCAACCUCAUCAAGUGGAUGCUGCUGGUCUGAAUAAAGUCACGGUGGAGACUUUGGCCAGAGGCAUGCAGGUUUCUGAUUCGAAUCCCAUGUCUGGCCUUGCGGGUCGAGCUGGUCUGCUCAUCCGACUGGCAUCGGCGUUACAGAAUACUGAAAUUUUCGGAGUGGAGGGCCGACCGGGAAACAUGAUCGACUAUCUGAUAUCCCAUCCGACCACCCAGGCGGCAUCCGUUCCGGUGGUCUUAUUACCAACCCUUUGGAGCGUCCUCAUGGAUGGGUUGUCCAGUAUCUGGCCCGCAACUCGAACGACGAUCCAAGGGAAAUCAUUAGGCGACGCCUGGCCCUGCCGUGCCAUGCCCAAGUCCCCUCCCGCUCAUCCGUGGGAAACCAUCGUCCCUUUCCAUAAAUUGACACAGUGGCUUUGUUAUUCCUUGAUGGUUCCGAUGACCAAGUUGCUCAACGUUCACUUCGCGGGCGCCGAGCUGAUGACCGGUCUUCCGGAAUACCGCAAUGGCGGUUUAUUGGUCGAUACCGGACUUCUGACUUUGAAGGAAGAAGACCGACAACGGGGUCUCAAGAUCUACCAUCACAUGGUCGGCGACGGUAAUGCCGUCGAGGUCGUCCCGACAUUUGAGCCCAGUGAUGAUGUGAUCGUCGAAUGGCGAGCUGUCACGGUCGGAUUUCUGGAUGAACUUCUGGCGGCAGUGAACCAGGGGCUCGGACUUGAAGGGGCAGAGCAACUGAGUUUGGCGCAGAUGCUCGAGGCCGGAACUUGGAAGGGAGGACGAGAAAUUGCACAAGUGUCCCGCCCCAUCACCAAAGGACCUCCCAUUGGUAUUAUAUCUGACGGAACGGUCUUCUGA